AUGGGAGCUAUAAGAUUCCCGUGGCACCUCACUGACACAUUUUUAGAAGAGCCCAGGCGCAAUUUCCCAGGGAUGCUAACUUUCUGCGCCCGACACGGAAUACGCCCCACGGGGGGAGAAGCCGCCCCACGGGGGGAGAAGCCACCCCGAGAAGAAGCGGCGCAGACAAAGCCGGGGGCUGCAGCCCGCAGGGUGCGGGCAGGGGGCGGCGGGCAGCGGCUGCCGGCUCUGCCUUCGCCCCGCUCCGAGCGGCGCCGCUGCUUCGCCGAUACGACGCCGGAUGCUGGCAACCGGAGCGGGUCCUCCGCCGGCCCGGACAGCGGCCGGACGCACCUCUCCGUCUUCAGCGUGCUGGUCCUCACCCUGUUGGCCAUGCUGGUGGUGGCCACGUUCCUCUGGAACGGGCUGGUCCUGGCCACCAUCCUCCGGGUGCGGACUUUCCACCGGGUGCCCCACAACCUGGUGGCCUCCAUGGCCAUCUCCGACGUGAUGGUGGCGGCCCUCGUCAUGCCCCUCAGCUUGGUGCGCGAGUUGUCCGGGCGGCGGUGGCAGCUGGGCCGGUCGCUCUGCCAGGUGUGGAUCUCUUUCGACGUGCUGUGCUGCACCGCCAGCAUCUGGAACGUCACAGCCAUCGCCCUUGACCGCUACUGGUCCAUCACCCGCCACCUGGAGUACACGCUCCGCAUCCGGCGCCGCAUCUCCAACAUCAUGAUUGCCCUCACCUGGGUGCUCUCUGCCUUCAUCUCCUUGGCCCCACUGCUCUUUGGCUGGGGAGAGACUUACUCAGAGGACAGUGAGGAAUGCCAAGUCAGCCAGGAGCCUUCCUACACCAUCUUCUCCACCUUUGGCGCCUUCUACCUACCCCUCUGUGUGGUGCUCUUUGUGUACUGGAAGAUCUACAAGGCUGCCAAGUUUCGAAUUGGAUCUCGGACCGAUUACACCAGAAGCCCUGGAGGUAGGUCAGCUCGGUUGUAUUUUGCUCUAGUAAAAGAAGCUGCCCAGCAGCCACAGAUGGUCUUCACUGUCCGUCAUGCCACUGUUACCUUCCAGACGGACGGAGACACGUGGAGAGAGCAGAAGGAAAAGAAAGCUGCCCUCAUGGUGGGCAUCCUUAUCGGGGUCUUUGUGCUCUGCUGGAUCCCCUUCUUCAUCACGGAGCUCAUCAACCCCCUCUGCUCGUGCGACAUCCCACCCAUUUGGAAGAGUAUUUUUCUAUGGCUAGGUUAUUCAAAUUCCUUUUUUAAUCCACUCAUCUACACCGCUUUCAACAAAAACUACAACAAUGCCUUCAGGAACCUAUUCUUUAGACAGCACUGA